GUGCGGAGCGGCAACUGGAGGUGUUGUUCCAGAAAGGUCGGCAACGAAGACAAGCCGUCGUUCGCUGCUAGGAAUCGGGAGCUGCCGACGAACAGAGGCUUGCCGUGGCGCCGGGUAGCAGCUCGGGAGCUGUCCUGCAGCGAUGAGGGUGAGAGAAGCGUGGGAUUAUCUACAGCAUCUAUAAUAUGGGACGGAUGGCUUCCACGUAUUGCUAUGCUAUGCAAAUGAGGGAAGAGGCACGGCGCGUCGGCUAUGGCGGACUAGCAGCAGCGCUGGCCGCGAAGGGAGCUGCUGAGACAGUGGAGGGCGUGUGCCGCAAAAGUAUCAUCUGUGAAAGGAUAGGAGAUGCCAGGCACAGGCCAUGCGUGGAGGCCAGCAGCGUUCCCCUCGAUGAUCUGGCACAAGCACAGGACACACUCGAUAUGAGGGGAUCGAUGGCAGUACUGAGCGUCUGGAGGCCUCUGCGCAGCCAAACUGGCAGUGGAGCUGGAGAGGCACGAUCAAAGAGAGCAAAUGGAUGGUGGCAAAGACUGCGCAUCUUGGGUCGCAGUCAGCAAGCCCGCGACGGCGCCGGAGCAGGUUUACCGUUUGUUCUUGUGCAGCUUCCUGACAAGCAGCUCAAGGUUCGCGCAGACGUCGGCCGGCCACAUGCAUCCUCAUCAAGUGAAACGGCCGCGGCACUCCGAACAGUCUUAUAACCACCCUGCUAUAACGCUUAAUGUCUGGCUGUGGGGUCUGAUAGCGUGUCAGCUCUGACAGACAGCUCCUUAUGUCAUUUGUGCAAUCCAGUGUGCUCUUCAGCGUGACUGCACAACACGGUAAUGUCAACAACUGCGAGGCGUCGGCACCGUACCCGCUGUAAGCCAUCUCUUCGGAACAUUUCGCGAUUGCUGCUGCAGCACUGUGAUGUGCAUG